UGCCACAUAACACAACUUGCUAUCAUAUUCAUAUGUUCUUGUCAACCAUCCACAGUUUCCUUACCUUAUCCAUACAAACACUUUGCAUUGUAUCUCAAUUUUCUUUGUUAACAAGUGACUUAAUAGUUCAUUUUCUUUGCAUACUUUUCAGAUAUCAGUGAUGGCUCAGCAUCAGUAAUAAUGUCUACUUCUACAAUGAUGGGAAAUGCUACUGUUUGCACCACAAGGAGAAGGAAGAGAAGUGUUUACUACAUUGCAGGGUUGAAUUCUUUUGGAGGAUUGAAGGUGCAGAACAAUGUCACCUCAUUAGGCCUUUCAUUGUGCACUGAACAAUCCUUUGCAAAGGUUGUGAGUUCAUUGAAGGGAAAAUCCAGAGGUGGUGGACGAGGAGGAGGAGCUGCAUCUUCAACACGCAAUGCUGCAGGUGAGAUUUUCGAGAUUGCAGCCAUCAUGAAUGGACUUGUUCUUGUUGGUGUUGCUGUUGGAUUUGUUCUUCUUCGAAUCGAAGCAUCUCUGGAUGAGGCUGCUGAGUGAGAAUAAGCUCAUGAAACAGUUUCAAUUUGAUUCAUAUAUUUAUUAUCAUCAAAGAGAUUGUAUCUUUCUUUCUGCUAGUCUUGAUGUGAAAUAGAACAUUAAAAAGAAAAAAGAAAAAAGAAAAAUCUGGCAUCUAAAUCCUAUUAUAUGAAUUUUAAUUGGUAAAAAACAAAGAAAUAUACACAAAAAUACACAAAUAUGUCUGAUUUUCUUAGAGAUAUCUGGUCUUAAUAAUAAUCAAUUUCAAUAGUUUGUUAUUUUUUGUUAUUUUUCUUUCUUUUUUCCCCUCAAUUUGAAAAAUAAUGGAAAAUCUGAAACCUGUUUACAU